AAUUAAUUUGUAUCUUAUUUUGCUGCAUUUUUAUAUAUUGAUUUAAAGUAAAUGAGUUAUUUAGCAAGUAGAAUUAUAAGGAGUUCACAUAAAUUUUUGAUCAACAAAAAUGUUGCUCAGCUUGUUCAAGUAUAAAAAAUGUUCUUUGCUAGCAACUAAGAUAAAUACAAGUCAGCCUUUGAAUUUUUGAAGGAAGAGAUGGAAAAAUCAAAGAGUAGCUAAACUACAAUUUAGUAUGAACCAUCAAUUCCUUAAGAGGAGUUAUCAACAAUGAAUAACUUGCGUAAAUCAAUUUAAUAAGAUAUCGACUUAGGUAGAUUCCAAAAAGCUUUGGAAAACUCUCUUUAGUAUGUAGAAAAAGUUAAAAAACACUACGGAGUUAAUCACCCAGCAACAUUCUCAGCAAUUAAUAACUUAGCUUUAGUUUUCAAAAUAACAGGUGAUUUGGAAUCUGCAUAAGCAUUAUAUGAGAAAGUUCUUGAAGGAUAUUCAAAUAUGUUUGGAAGAGAUCAUCCAUCAACUUUAGUAGUCAUUUAAAACCUUGCGAAUCUAUACAAACAAUAAAAAAUGUAUGACAAGUCUCUUUAUCUCUUUGAAGAAGUUCUUGCAUACAAGGAUUAAUAGAGCGAUGUUGAUAAAGGAGAAAUUGCUCUUUGCAUGUCCUAAAUGGCAGCUUGUCUUAGAGAAUUAAAGAAAUAUGAUGAUAGUAUUGUAGUUUUAGAAAAAGCCUUGAAUAUUUUGAUUGAAAGAUAUGGCGAAGUCAACACCCUAACUGCUACUUGUUAAAACAGUUUGGGUCUUACUUAUAAGAAAGCUGGUAAAUAUAACAAAUCUGAAGAGAUGUAUUUGAAAUCACUAAAAACUAGAGAGGAAUUGCUUCCAGCAGAUCAUCCUCAUAUAAUUGCUUCAAAACAUAAUCUAGGUGAAUUGUAUAUUGAACUCAAUUAAACAGAAAAAGCAUAAGAAUAUUUCAUAGAUGCAAUGGAAAGCAUAAAAAGAAUGGAAGAAAGCAACUAAAACUGAUUUAUUCAAAAUUUCAUGAAUGAAUGAAUGAAUUAAUUUAUUAAUGAAUUGAUUGAUUAGUCUACAUAUUUUUAUUCUUGUAAAAUAUAAGAUGCUAUUUUUCUAUCAUAUUAAUUGCUAAAUACUAACUAUAAAAUUCAUUCAAAUAAUAUCCUACCAAACAUACAAAAAAUUAGAUAAAGAUUAAUCUUAAAUUAUUUAUAUUGCAAUUUCAACUUAUCCUCUCAAUUAAGUGAAAAUCUUUUGUUUCGAGUUGCAAAUUUCAAUUGCAAUUAAUUUACUUUAAUUUAUUUGUUAAGAAAAGAGGAAAAAAAAGUAAUAAAUUUUUUACAAAGAAAAAUAAAAAGAUAUUUUAAUAUCUUCAAACAGGAAAAAGUUAUUUUCAAAUUUAUAAUUAAUUAAAAGAAGAAAAAAUAAAUAAAAGUAAAAAAAAGGAAGUUAAAGCUUGCUUAAAAAUAAUGAUAAAAGUUUUUAAUUUAACAAAUUAUGGAUUGAUGAAUACAGGAAUAAAUAAGUUUUUAAGCCGAUAUCAACUCAUUAUUUUUACUGCAAGCCUUUAAACUAUCCAUUAUAUUACUUAUAUCUUGAAAUAUAGAAUAAGUAAUAGAUCAUGUACAAUCAAAAAAUACAAAAUAAAAUAAAACUCAUCUAAAUUAGAUAAAAUUCUCUCUUAGUCUUAUAAUAUAUAAUUAAUAUUUUUACAAUUUAGCAUAAUAUUUUUAAGAAAUUGAGAUUGAAAUACUCUUAGCGAUUACUUUUAAAAUUACAUUUUACAACAUUUUUAAGUCAGAAUGAUUUUCCAGAAAUAAAAGAAGAAAAAAAAAAUACAAACAGUAAAAAACAAAAGCUUGAAUAAAAUCAAUAAGAAGAUCAGAAAAUAAAAAAAUUAAAUAAAAUUAAAUUAAAAAGAAAAGUGAAUGAAUAAAUAAAUAAUUAUAAAAGAAUUAAUAAAAAUUAAUAAAUAAUUAAAACAAUAAAUCAAAACAUAAAAUUAAAAUUUAAUAUAAAUUUUUACAGUCACAUUCCAUUAAAUAAUUUGUUUGCUUUCUUUUAUCCU